AGAUGGCACAUCGUUAGUAUCCUCUUUGGUUGUAAGGAGACUGCGUGUUUAGGCUAUGUCAAUAUAGUAUACAUUAAUAGUGUGGACUGAAGGACUUCUCAAGAGCCAUGCAUCAACGAGCCGGUGUUGUCUUGGCCGCGGUUUACGAAACCACUUUUACUCAUUGGCUAGUGUGCAUUAUUUGCGGUGCUAGAUGACUUCGCUGUUUUGUUUUGCUCUUGCCUGAGUAUGACUCUACGACUGGUUAUUAUCCUGACUGGUAUCUGUUGGACAUACCAGUCUACAAAAGCUAUCCAGUUAUGUGACAAUGGCAAGUUUCACGUGGAGCUAGACCUGCCCCAUCCGUCUGCGUUACAUUGCUCGGAACCUUUGACAGAUCUGGUGCAGCAGCAGGUCUUCAUCGACCAGAAGUAUCCUGCUCCACUACAGCCAGUGAAGCAUGUCUGCAUGGACACACCCAUCUCCUAUAAUGCGACUAUUCCAAGCAGAGGGGACCACAGGCCCGUGUCUGCAGAGCCUGGUGUGUACCUGUACUGCCCACCACAGCGCUGGCUAAACAACCUCCAGCAUGGGUCCAUUGUAGUCCUGCAUCACCCUUGUGCUGCCGAGGAGGAGCGAAGUCGAUUAGCCGCGCUGGCCCUCUCCUGCCUGCCUGGCUUCAUCAUGACGCCCCAUCCCUGGCUCAACAAGCACAGGCCUCUGGCACUGGUCUCUUGGGGUAGAACCUUGGAGAUGUCCCAUGUGACCACCUCCGAGGUCUGUGAUUGGCUGGUUUCGGUGUCCUCAGAGAACCGGCGACACACUUGGCCAAUGAAACGACCUGGAGAACGCCGCUUCAGUCUGCUGUUGACGCACGCAGCGCCACCACUGCAGAGGCCAAAGGAGAGCACAAGGCACACACAUGCAGCAGUGUCCCACAUUGAUUGGCUAAAGAACCUUCGGCAGUGCUGUGAACAAACCCUCUCCUCCCCUGACCAAAAUGGAGAUACGCAACCGACAGACGAGACCACAAGGACACAGCGUAGAGAGGAGGACGCUGUGAGAAGGAGAGCGGGAGGUGAGCGGACCCAGAGGAGGAGAAAAAGAGCUGCCAUUCCACCACGGCAGGCUGACCAACAGGAAACGCCCAUCAGCCAGGUCAACAACACAACUCGGCUCAACAACAACAACAACAACGAGACAGACUUCCACACUGCCCAGCUCAGCCAAUCGAAUCACACAUCAACACCCUCCGCAGGAGUGCUUGUGGACACCCACCAGCCUGCUGCAGGGACAGAACCCGUGGGGAGCACCGAUGGGCCUGGGAGAGUGACCGCUCAUCUCAGCCCGCCCAAGGAGGAUGAGGAACGCGAGCAGGGGGGCGGAGGGCCAAAGAAGAAGAAGGAGGAGGAGUUAGUAGUGGAGAAGGAGGUCCACACUAGAACUGACAUGCAGGGGCAAGGUGGAGGCAACUCCUCAGGAGCUCCAGCAGCCACAGCAGCUGCGACAGGUGGAGGUGUUGGUGGCGGACGAGGAGGGAACUCUUCAGAAACUGUUGGAGCUCUAGCAGGAGGAGACCACUCCUUAGGAGGUGCUGCAGUAGUAGCAGGAGGAGGAGGAGGAGGAGGAGGUGUUAGUGGCAUACAAGGAGGAAACUCCUCAGCAGGAGGUCACUCCUCAGGAGGAGGUGUUCAGAGGAAGGUGACUGGGGCAGCAAGGACCAAAAGCCACUCGCAUUCCUCCUCCUUCUCCUCACACACCCGAGCCCACAGCCAGAGCCACCGCAAGGAGAGGCCGAAUCAGAAUCCGGCUGCUGCCGGAGGUGGUGGUGGUGGUGGAGGAGGAGUGAAGACCAGCGCCAGGCAGCGAGUCCGAGAGGACACUGAGGAGCAGGAGCGCCUGGAGGGGCUGGAACACCAGGGGAGGGCUGGUGGUGGUGGUGGUGGUACGAGUACGGAGGUCCCAGGACCAGGCUUUGGUGGCAGAGUGGUGAUGGGCUCCAUGGGGGUCGGUGGCGGUGGUGAUCGGUUUGUCACCCGGCGUACAGACGAGGCGGUGUGGGCCGCGGCCGCCCUGGGGUUCCUGCUGGUGCUGCUGACCCUGUCCGUGCUCCACACACGCCUCUACAGGCACUGGAGGACCAUGCCCAGCCUCUACUGGAGGGACGACACGCAGGACUAUGACAGCGUGACGGAUAUCAUUCGCCGCAGACUGAAGCUGGCAGGCCGCAGGAAGAGGAGGGCCGCAGCCGCCCGCAGACACGAAGCUCCGCUCCUCCCAAACUCCAGCACGGACGAGGAGUUUGAAUAAUCUUCCGCCGCCUCCUCUCCCUCUCUCUGGAGCUGUUCAGACAUAAAGCUCCUCUCCUCCCAAACUCCAGUACAGACGAGGAGUUUGAAUAAUCUUCCGCCGCCUCCUCCUCUUCCUCUCUCUGGAGCUGUUCAGACACGAAGCUCCUGUCCUCCCAAACUCCAGUACAGACGAGGCGUUUCAAUAAUCUUCCGCUGCCUCCUCCUCCUCUCCGGAGCUGUUCAGACAUAAAGCUCCUCUCCUCCCAAACUCCAGUACAGACGAGGGGUUUAACUAACUAACUAACCUUCCUCUUGCUGCUCCUCCUUCAACAUCUCCCCUCUCUGCUGUUCAGACAUAGGACUCAUCUUCCUCACUUCUUCUCCUCCAGUCCCAAACACAGACACAUGGAGUGCGUCUUAAUAUGCGACCUUGCCUCCUCCACUUGCGCUUGUCUCCUCGUCCCACCUCCUGGCCCCUCCUCCGUGGAGAAAACGAUAAGUUUCCCAGCUGUCAGCCUAGCCACAACAACUUUUGAGGGACUGUUUUUCAUUCACCAUCCCAAUAAAAUUGCAAAUGAGAAAAAGACUCUACAAUUGAGCUUUUGCAAGAUAUUGAAAUAUAAUGCUGUUGUCAGUGAUGUCAUCAUGACGAGAAGCAAGUGGAGGAGGCAAGGUCGCAUAUUAAGAUGCACUCAUGGAGUUUGACUUGGCCAGCCUCCCUCUUCUUCAUCCUCCUCCUCCUUAUCGCCUUCUGUGUGCAGCUGGUCACAGACAGACAGCUCCACUCAUUCCAAAGGAUUAACUAACUAGUCCUUUCUCCUCGCCUUCAUCCUUGUCCUCUUUUUUGCCGCUGGUCACAGACGUGACAUCUAUUUUUUUUUAAUAUAUAUUUUUAUGGGCUUUUAUGCCUUUAUUUGACAGGACAGUUGAAGAUGGUGACAGGAAGCGAAUGGGGCAGAGAGACAGGGGAGGAUCGGGAAAUGACUCCGGCCGGACUCGAACCGGGGUCCCCGAGGGUGGGCAUGCAAGCCCAAAUGUGGGGGGCUUAGCGCGCUGCGCCACAGCGCCCCCGAGAUCUAUCUUUUAAAAAAACUAAGCACAGGGUAGAGGAGUUGGACUAACUAGCCUUCCUCGAUUCUGUACAUGGGUCAAAGACCGUACUGCAUCAGCAGACUCAUGGAGUCCAUAGACCGUCUUCGCUGGCCUAAACUCAGUACUUGAAUCAGAGUACACUUGAUUUUAUAUUGUUGAUGAGAACAACACUAUUGUUAUUGUUGACCGUUCCUCAGUAUUUCAGCUUUGAAAGAGGUUUGUGAAGGACAUGUACUGUAGCCUGAAGUGAAAACAGUGUUUUUAUAUUAUGACAUAACAGUGACCAAGAUGCUAUGAGUCACUUUUUGGCCUUGUGUGACAAGGCUGUGGCCCGGAAACGUAGAACACUACAGUUGCUGCACAUGUACAGUAACACAGUGGUGUGAUUGAGGUUGGUGAAUCCCAGAGCUUCUGCUUUAAAGGAACAGUCCGCCAUUUCAUUUGUGUUUCACUUUUCUCCAGUUCCUCCAGCCGUUCUCUCAGUGUGCUGUACGAGUGUAAAUCACAGCCUCCAUGACGGUACGAUUCCAUAUCGAUUUAGUGAGGCAGCGAUUCAAUAUUUUCAAUACUUAAGAAUGCCCCACGAUAUGGUGCGAUCGUUGGCCAUAGGAUCAAUGCAUCGAUACAUAUUGAUGAUGAUUUACACCCUUGGUCUGCUGAUUAUGUUCCUGCUUCGAAGCUAGCAUCUAUCAUUGAAUCAAAUGAGACCAUUCAUUUGUUGCUGGUCCCAUUCGGUUCCAUGAUGCAUGCUAGCUUGGAGGUACAAGUUGCCUGACCAGAGUCACAGAACAACUGAAUAACAAGAGAAACAAGAGAGGAACAACAGAGUAAAACUCAAUUAUAUUAUUUAAUUUGAGGGGAGGUGGGAACACGUUUCCAUAAAUGGUGGACUGUUUCUUUAAGCAGAGCUUCAAGUUCUACUCUUUACCACUGUCAUUAAUGUUGCCAAUGGUACCAAAUGUUUUUAUUGCCUAUUUAUCAUAAGGAUUCGAACAUCUUUUUUCAUGAGUGUUUGUCUUGCCAUUUUUUCCUGACUUGCCUAGAUAAAGUGUUACUUUUGAAAAGAAAAAAAAUGUGGUUUGUUUUCAUUCCACCCACAUCAUUAUGUUGUUGGCUAUCUGACUUUGUCUCAUUCAAACACAAACUUUUAGGCAAAUGUACAAGUUUAGUGUAGUGAGCAUCAUACUUUGUAUGCAGUGUUCUAUAUUUCAAGUGUUCUCUCUCAAUACUCAACUGUUUUGAAUAAGAGAAUUCUCCCUUCUGCUGGGUCAGCACUCAAACAGGGCUCACCUUACCAACAAAACACACUUUCACAGACUGCCAAAAGCACUGCAGAAAACACUACAAAAUCUGAUCAAUCUUAAAAACAGCCUCUGUGACCUAUGCUUUUACGUUCAUUAACUAACACUGUUGACCUUAAGUGAAAUUCUAAAAAGUAAUUCAGAUUUACAGUAGAAUAAAUGUUGACAUGGAGUACAGAAAGCAAUGUUUCAGCAGUCAAAGACAUGCUGUCCUUCCAGCUCAGAGUUUGGUUUUGGGUGGUGUGCAGAAGCCGCAGGCUGAGCUGAGGUUUCCGGGAGCCUAUUGUUUCCAUGGAAGCAUCCAGAAACUGUGUGCAAGCCCCUCGGGAAUGGCCAGUCGAAAUAUGUCCCCGUGGCAGUUGCAUAUUUUUCUUUUUUCGGAUUAUCCUUCAACGACCCAUGACCUUGUGCAGAGAAAAGUUUGUUGUCACAAUUGAAGUGUUUCUUGAACAGAGGGCACAUUUACAAGCUAAGCUUAGAUCUUGAGUAUUAAUUCAAAGAACAAAGAAAUGACUCGAGUGACAAGACAGUGUAGCUUUGUUUUUUCCUGUUUAUUUAUUACAAAUGUACAGCUUACGAGUUUUCUAUUUCAAUCCUGUUGUUUUUGCUUCAUCUUGUCAUGUUUUCUAUGUUUUGUUUUCUUUUUAAGUUUGUACAGUUCAACCUCUGCGUAGUGUUUUUUUCUCUCUCCCAUCUCCAAAGUUAUUUUUUUUUCUCCCAUGAAAAGAGCUGUGAGAUAGAUGCACAUAAAGAAAGUGAAGGCUUGAAGUGCAGUGCACCUGUCUGCACAGUAGGGGGUGCUGUGGG